GGCGGCCCUGAGACAGUUGUGCUGAUGAAGUGGUAGAGCUGGUUUCUGCUCGCCGCGGUGCUGCGCGCGCCGGCCGGCCACUGGACUCUCCGCGCUCCCAUCCUCGAGUUGUGCAAUCCUUUGUAGCACGCCAGCGAGUCCUCCUCCUUCGCUGUUGCCUCUCGCCCUCUCUCUCUUUUUUUUCAAGCUGUGAGCUCAACCGAUGAGUCAGAGCCGUGCAAUCCUGACACUGCAUCGCAGGACUGGGGGUGACACGGAGGGAGGGAGAGCGCUCGCGAGGCGGACAGCACGGGCGCGGGGCGCGCCGAGGCUCCUGCGCUGCGAGCAGGGGGUGACAACCUGCGCGUCCCGCCCGGGCCCCGCCAGCAAACUUCCCAACCACUGGAGGCGCGGGCUGGCGGAAGCCCCGCAAGCGCCGCAGGGAGGCUACGGCGCCUGUUUGUUUUUAAAAUACGAGAGUGCGUGCAAGCGGCUGGAGUGUUGCAGGCGACCGAAGGCGGCGGCCAGCGGCGGAAGGGGGACAGCCGAGGCCGGAGCUCGGGCAGCAGCGGGGCUCCAGGACCUGGUGGAGCAUCAUGAACUGGGAAGCAUAGACAAGCCCAAGAACCUCUCUGGAAGAGGAAGGAAGAACCAGCAAUUCUUUCUCCCCGUGCCUGAUUGCAUCAGCCAACAUCUUCCUCUGGCUCUGCUCUGCCCUCAUUGGCUCCUGGACGAGGACUGGGGUUUUAGCAGGACCUUUCCCCAGGGGAAUGGGCAACUAGUGAAGUAGGUCUCAUUGUCAGGGCUCAGCUGGGCACAUCAUGAACUUCCAGGCCCAGCCCAAGGCUCAAAACAAGCGGAAGCGUUGCCUCUUUGGGGACCAGGAAACAGCUCCCAAGGAGCAGUCCACACCUCUGCCGGCUUCACAGCAGUCCAUCAGAGUGAAGGAGGAGCAGUACGUUGGGCACGAGGGUCCGACAGGGGCAGCCUCCACUUCCCAGCCUGUGGAACUGCCUCCUCCUAGCAGCCUGGCUCUGCUGAACUCUGUGGUGUAUGGUCCUGAGCAGACCACAGCAACCAUGUUAUCCCAGCAGGUGGGCUCAGUGAAGUGGCCCAACUCUGUGAUGGCUCCAGGACGAGGCCCUGAACGAGGAGGAGGUGGGGGUGUCAGUGACAGCAGUUGGCAGCAACAGCCAGGCCAGCCUCCACCUCACUCAUCAUGGAACUGUCACAGCCUGUCCCUCUACGGUGGACCGAAGGGGAGCCCUCAUCCUGGUGUGGGGGUCUCUACCUACUAUAACCACCCUGAGGCACUGAAGCGGGAAAAGGGGGGGGGCCCACAGCUGGACCGCUAUGGAAACGCGGUACGGCCCAUGAUGCUACAGAAGAUGCAGCUGGAGGUGGGGCAGCCCCAGGCAUCCCUGAAUUCUUUCCAUGCAGCCAAGAAACCCCCAAACCAGACACUGCCCUUGCAACCGUUCCAGUUGGCAUUCGGCCCCCAAGUGAACCGGCAUGUCUUCCGGCAGGGCCCACCACCCCCAAACCCUGUUGCCGCCUUCCCCCCACAGAAGCCACAGCAGCAGCCGCAGCAGCAGCCACAGCAGCAGCAGCAGCAGGCAGCCCUGCCUCAGAUGCCCCCGCUCUUUGAGAACUUCUACCCCAUGCAGCAGCCCUCUCAGCAGCCCCAGGACUUUGGCCUGCAGCCGGCUGGGCCACUGGGACAGUCUCACUUGGCUCACCACAGCAUGGCACCCUAUCCCUUCCCUCCCAACCCUGAUAUGAACCCAGAACUGCGCAAGGCUCUCCUGCAGGAGCAAGCCCCACCGCAGCCGGCGCUACCUCAGGUCCAGAUCCCCUUCCCCCGCCGCUCCCGCCGCCUCUCUAAGGAGGGUAUCCUGCCUCCCACUGCCCUGGAUGGGGCUGGCACCCAACCUGGGCAGGAGCCCACUGGCAAUCUGUUUCUACAUCACUGGCCUCUGCAGCAGCCACCACCUGGCUCCCUGGCACAACCCCAUCCUGAAGCUCUGGGAUUCCCACUGGAGCUGAGGGAGUCGCAGCUGCUGCCUGAUGGGGAGAGACUGGCACCCAAUGGUCGGGAACGGGAGGCUCCUGCCAUGGGUAGCGAAGAGGGCAUGAGGGCAGUGGGCACAGGGGACUGUGGGCAGGUGCUACGGGGUGGGGUGAUUCAGAGCACACGACGGAGGCGCCGGGCAUCCCAGGAAGCCAAUUUGCUUACCUUGGCCCAAAAGGCAGUAGAGCUGGCCUCACUGCAGAAUGCAAAGGAUGCUAGUGGCUCCGAGGAAAAGCGAAAAAGUGUACUGACCUCAACUGCCAAGUGUGGGGUAGAGUAUUCUGAGCCUUCCUUAGCCCCCAAGCGAGCACGAGAAGACAGUGGGAUGGUACCCCUCAUCAUCCCAGUGUCUGUGCCUGUACGGAGUCUGGACCCAAUUGAAGCAGCUCAAGCUGUUGAGGAGGAUCGUAAGGGUCAUGAACAGAACCCCACUGAGCACAAGCCAUCAGUCAUUGUCACCCGCAGGCGGUCUACCCGUAUCCCUGGGUCAGAUGUUCCAGCUCAGGCCGAGGACAUGAAUGUCAGGUUGGAGGGGGAGCCUUCUGUGCGGAAACCAAAGCAGCGACCACGGCCCGAACCUCUGAUCAUCCCCACCAAGGCAGGCACUUUCAUUGCACCACCCGUCUACUCCAACAUCACCCCAUACCAGAGCCACCUGCGCUCCCCUGUUCGCCUGGCUGACCACCCCUCUGAGCGGAGCUUUGAGCUGCCCCCCUACACACCACCCCCCAUCCUCAGCCCUGUGCGGGAAGGUUCUGGCCUCUACUUCAAUGCCAUCAUAUCAACCAGCAGCAUCCCAGCCCCUCCUCCCAUCACGCCGAAGAGUGCCCAUCGCACCCUGCUCCGAUCUAACAGCGCUGAAGUCACUCCGCCUGUCCUAUCUGUGAUGGGGGAGGCCACCCCAGUGAGCAUUGAGCCACGCAUCAACGUGGGCUCCCGGUUCCAGGCGGAAAUCCCCUUGAUGAGGGACCGCGCCCUGGCAGCUGCAGACCCCCAUAAGGCUGAUUUGGUGUGGCAGCCAUGGGAGGACCUAGAAAGCAGCCGUGAGAAGCAGAGGCAAGUGGAAGACCUGCUGACAGCUGCCUGCUCCAGCAUUUUCCCUGGAGCUGGCACCAACCAGGAGUUGGCCCUGCACUGUCUGCAUGAGUCCAGGGGAGACAUCCUGGAAACGCUGAAUAAGCUGCUACUGAAAAAGCCCCUGCGGCCCCACAACCACCCACUGGCAACUUAUCACUACACAGGCUCUGACCAGUGGAAGAUGGCCGAAAGGAAGCUGUUCAACAAGGGCAUUGCCAUCUACAAGAAGGAUUUCUUCCUGGUCCAGAAGCUGAUCCAGACCAAGACUGUGGCCCAGUGCGUGGAGUUCUACUACACCUAUAAGAAGCAGGUGAAAAUCGGCCGCAACGGGACUCUAACCUUUGGGGAUGUGGAUACAAGUGAUGAGAAGUCAGCCCAGGAAGAAGUUGAAGUGGAUAUUAAGACUUCCCAGAAGUUCCCAAGAGUGCUUCCUCCCAGAAGAGAGUCCCCAAGUGAAGAGAGGCUGGAGCCCAAGAGGGAGGUGAAAGAGCCCAGCAAGGAGGGGGAAGAGGAGGAGCCAGAGACCCAGGAGAAGGGGGAGCAGGAAGAAGGGCGAGAGCGCAGCCGGAGGGCUGCGGCAGUCAAAGCCACUCAGACACUACAGGCCAAUGAGUCGGCCAAUGACAUCCUCAUCCUCCGGAGCCACGAGUCCAACGCCCCUGGGUCCACUGGCAGCCAGACCUUGGAGAAGCCAAGGGAGGGUGUAGGGAAGUCACGAAGGGCACUACCAUUUUCAGAGAAGAAGAAAAAACCAGAGACGUUUAAUAAGACUCAGAAUCAGGAGAACACUUUCCCGUGUAAAAAGUGUGGCAGGGUGUUUUACAAGGUGAAAAGCCGGAGUGCCCACAUGAAGAGCCAUGCCGAGCAGGAGAAGAAGGCAGCGGCGCUGAGGCAGCGGGAGAAGGAGGCCGCGGCCGCUGCAGCUGCUGCAGCCGCCUCCCACCCACAGGCCCUGCGGGAGGAGAGUGGCGGCGCGGGCGAGAAGGGCUGAGUGGGGGGGCCUGGCCCCGAGCCCGGCACCUCCACCCGCAAACACCGGGAACCUCAGGAGUGAGUGAGGAGAGAAUCACGUGGACCUUUCUCUGCAAAACAAAUAAGACAGUGAAAUAAACGGCUCUUUUAUUUAUAAAGGCCCCAGGAGCGGUGUUAAGGGCUGCAGGAUCCGGUUCUCUUUGUCCUCAUGCUCUCCCGGAACAUGAGCGUCCUGAUCCUCUCCGGAGGGGCUCCACCGCCACCUCUCCCACCCCAUCUCUGCCGGCUGCCGCCGCGCGGGUCUCUUGCCUCCUCUUUGCCUCCCCUCGCUCUCCAGGAAGCCACCACGGUGAGCCCAGCACAGGCUUACUUUCGGCUCACUUUCGUUCAUUGCAGUGUUAAUUCGUGUCCUCAGAGGACCUCAGGGCUGCACAGGCCCUGCCCCCAGUCCCAGAUAAAGGCACUCCCUGGGAGGGAGUGUCUCAGAGCUUGACAUCUGUGCUAUGCCUGCACAACAGUGUCCCGGCCUGCCUGAGCUGCUUCAGUGACUUGUUCUCAGAGUGGCCACCUUGUCCCUGGAAGGGAGGCCAAGACAGGCACUAUUGUCCCUUUGCUGCUUACUAGCAGCCCUGCUGGGGCUAGGACAUUUUCUCAGAUGUUUGGGGGAAGGGGCUGUUGUUCUUGGCCAAGUCUCUCAGCCUGCUGCAGGAAGAGAAACUACAGGGGCUGGAAGCUGCAGGUCCAGGCCUGAGGGAGGUUGUGACAAGCCUGGCUCUUCCUGUCUCGUACCUUUUUGCCAAAUACCUUUGGGUCCUGGAGGGAGCUUAGCCUUGAGCAGAUACUGGAGAGGCCCGGCCUGCUCCUUCUUGGUGCUAGCUCCCUGCUUGCCUCUGUCCUGCCCUCAGCAUCUGCUGCCUGACCCUACCACACCCCACCCAAUGUUGAUGUCCACGGCCCAGCCCUCAGUCCUGCACGCUGGAGAUUUCUGGAUCCUUCCCUGGGAGAGGGAGGUCUCCUAACUAGAUUGGACAGGAGCCUUCAUUCCUUGACUUAUGUCAGUUGGGAGCUAUUUAUUUAUUCUUAAUAUUUAAUUUUUAACAUCCUCUCAGGGACCAGGGGCCUCCUGCUUUCCAGAGGCCCAAGUGCAUUUAUCCCAAAACAAGGCACCUUCUUGACAUCCCCAUCCCCACUCCUAAUUCCCAAGACCCUAAGAUCCCUCACCUCGUUGCUCUGGAAGCUCUUGCUAAUAGGAAUGAUAGCACUGAAAGAGGGUGGAAAGGUGGAGGGUAUCACCAAAGCCACACAGAGACUAGCAGGAUGGAGGGAGAUCACAGGCAGUUGUUGUGCUGCCCCUUCUCUGCUGUACUUUCAAAUGCCUGAGAGAUUGGCAAGAGGCCAGAAUUCUAGUUUUGUUUAUCAGGCCUAGAGUCUAGCUUGAAGAAGCCAUAUUUGGCUUGGAGUCACUGAAAUGAAAGGGCCAGAAAGAUCUGGAGGCCCCUUCGCUUGUCAGCCCCAUAGCAGACUGAGUUAUUUUUAUGAUCUUAUUACUCAACUUUAAUUUUGCAAAAGAAACUCUUAAGUGGAUGCAUAUAUGACAGAUCAGUGUAUUAGGAAGGAGCCAAAAAGUAUUUAUUCUGCUACUCGGUGGUGGCCUAAAAGUAUCACAUCAGUAGCUGGAAGUGGAGAGGGAGUUUUGUUUUGAAAUUAUGUACGAUUGGGUCAGAUAUUUUUCAGCAUCCACUUAUACAUUAACAAGGUUCUACAGGACCCCAGCUAUGAAAGUUAGAAAAUUCUUUUCCCUGCCCCAGACUCCUAGGUGAUUACUUAGAUCUGCAACUUUCUAGUUAGUCUCCUCCAUAGGCUUCUGCAAGCUCAGUGUCCCAAGACUGCAAAAAUCUGGUGUACUCUCUAGAAGUGGGAGGGUAGCAAAAUUUAGGCUCUCUUCUAAAUUAUUUAAGUAAUAUGAGUGCCUUUGCAGCAUAGCCCAAAAGUGCUACUUAUGUUUCCCAAGAUUUUUCUACUUAACCCAUAUUUGGUUUCAGGCUCCUUUAUGGACAUGAGGUAACAGAAACCUUCAUUCACAUGAGACCCUUCUGUUCAGUGGUAACAUACAAGACAUGGAAAUCUUUUUUAGUAAGAAAGUAAGCCUACUCGUCUAAGCUCAGAGAGACCAGACUAGGUGAAUGUAACUGGGGAAAAUCAGUAUGGUACCUCUGUGUAAUCUCACCAGACACCAUAUCUUAGGGAGGGUCCAUGCUCCAGGAAGCAUUUUUAUAUAGGAAGCAAUGUGAAAAAAUGUUUAGAGGGCAGGUGCGAUUGUGGCUAGUGACCUGCCAGUAAAGUAGUGCAGCCAUAGAAGAUGGCAUAGGUAUAUCCUUAAUGGUGCUUUCUCCCUGUGAACAUGUUAGGUUUGUCUUUUGUUGUUUUUUCCUUCUCUUCAGAGCUCUUUGCUUUAAGAAGCUAAGUGAUAAACACCUCCAGCUUUAUAAUGUCCUCCCCACAUCAUCUCACUGUUUCCAUGUCCCAGCUUAGAUAUGCAUUCACGUAAGGGCGUGAAACUGACCUAGUGCCUGUGUCGCAGACCACUUCUGAGGUCUCUACCCAUCCAAGGAGACAGUGCCAUCAUUACUGUCCUCCAUGCCUUUGGCAGCCCCCUCACAGCUAAGGUACACACCGCCCCUUCAGCCACCCCACCUCCACCCCUGGCACAGAGAUCUUUUGCUGCUUAUGUCUAAAGGGAUUGCCUAUAUUUAACUGCCUCAGUGACCUAACCUCUUUCUUCUCAUGUGCCAGAUGUUAAGAUGAAGGAGGAAUACAAUAUACUCAAGCCUCAGCUGUUUAAAUAUGUUUUCACUGGGGCUCACUUUUCUGGGAUGGUUGGUAUUUAUUAUCAGACUGGCAAGCCUAAUUCCUUAGGUUUACAGGAAGUACGCAUAUUUUUAUAAAACAAUUGUGUCCUCCCCACAUUUUGCUGUGUUAAUAUUUGCCUCUUAACAAUUUGCAGCUGUUUCACUUUUUCCUUGUCUCUAAGUUGAAGGCCUUGUUGGAGGGGACAGAGCACAGGAACAGCCUUGACAGUCUGUAAUUAGUGUACAAAUAUUUUAAUAGCAUAUAAAUAAGUAUAUUCCUUUUAUUUUGAAACAGAAAUGAUCAGACACUGCCUUUUGUGUGUUUGCUGCCUGUGGCACCCUUUUUAAAAAAGACUGUUACAUAUUAAAAUAGUGUACAUACAUAUAUAUAAAUAUUACCUCUUUUGCUGUACAGUUGUGAUAGACCAGACUGAAGAUUUUAUUUUUUGUGUGCUUUUUAUAAGAAAAAAUUAAUACACUAAAGAGAAUCUUGCUGAUGUGAUUGUAAUGUACCUAUGUAACUUAUUUACUUUUGAAUGUUCUGUAUCUUUAAACCUUUUAUUAAAUAAGGUUUUAAAAAUU